CGCGCGCGCGUGUGUGUGGGGAAGAGCGCUGAUCGACUGUCCAAACGAGCUCAAACUCAAAGCAGUGGAUACCAACUCCACGACUAGUCUAGGAUGCUUCAUUCUUCAAGUGUACGAAGGGAAAACAUUUAGCACCUUCAUAAAGGUAUAAACUACAGCCACAUACUCAUAAUGAUGAAGUGAUCGGAUCCUAUGAAGUAGAUGGUGGGCCCCUGAAACCUGUGGGACAUCAUUAUCGUCUCCGGCAUCAGAAGAGCGUGGGCUGCGUGUCUGUGGAUGCAUGAUGCGCUCCGUGGCACUUUUCCUCUGGUGUGUCAUCGUGUCUAUGAACAGCGCAUCAUCAGUGGACCUACAACCGGACAUGCCCAAUGUGUGUGAGGAGCAGGAGAUGUCUUUGAUUGGUCUGAAGCAGCCAUGUGUACAGGCAUUCACACGUAUGGUGAAAGUGUGGCGUCAGGGCUGUUCUUCUCAACGCUGGUGCAUGGGUUACAAGAGCAGGACGGGGUAUUAUACAGUGUAUAGGCAGGUCUAUAGUAUGCAGAUGCAAACUGUCUACAAGUGCUGCCCAGGAUGGGUGCAGAGAGGGGAAGAGAGAGGAUGUCUGCACAGAUUGUGUUUAUCUGGUACUUGCUUUAAUGGGGGAAAAUGCUCUGAGUUCGGUGAUCAGAUGUGUCAAUGUCCAGAAGGGUUCGAGGGAACACGUUGCCAGUAUGAUAUAAACGAGUGUGCGUACAGCAAUGGAGGUUGUGAAGGUUCGUGCUGUAACACCAUUGGCAGCUAUUAUUGCAGAUGUCCUGAUGGCAGUAAACUAGGGACUGAUGGGAAAUCCUGUCAAGAUAUAGAUGAGUGUGAGGAGCUGAAUGGCGGCUGUCAGCAGAUGUGUGUGAACACACUCGGCUCGUAUCAUUGCGAGUGCAGCGAGGGGUUUCGCAUACACGCCGAUGCUCGCACAUGCAUAGCGGUGAACUCGUGCUCUGUGAAGAACGGAGGGUGCGAGCACAGGUGUGUUGACUUGGGGAAUGAGCAGUACAGGUGCGAAUGUCGCAGUGACUACCAGCUCAAGAGAGACGGCAAGCACUGCGAAUUGAAAGACCCCUGUAAAGAGAGCAAUGGGGGGUGUUCUCAAAUCUGCAGCAGUGUGGAUAAACAGGCUCAGUGCAGUUGCAGACCGGGGUAUAAAUUGGCGACUGAUCGCAAAACAUGUGACGACAUAGACGAGUGCGUGUCCGGUCAUGCUAAAUGUGCGCACGGCUGUGUUAACAUGCCGGGAUCAUUUAGAUGUGUGUGUAAUCCUGGAUUUGAGCUUGGUGCCGACGGAAAACAGUGCUACCGUAUAGAGAUGGAGAUUGUAAAUGGCUGUGAGAAAAAUAAUGGCGGAUGCUCUCAUCACUGUGAGCACACUACCAGUGGUCCCCUGUGCUCCUGUAACCAAGGUUACCAACUUGCCGAGGACCUCAAAACCUGCAUAGACACUGACGAGUGUGACACCGGGGAUGCAUGCUGUAGUCAACACUGUAGGAAUUACCCAGCAGGCUAUGAGUGUACCUGUAGCCCUGGAUACACACUCAAUCCAAACGGCUGCACGUGUGAUGAUAUCGACGAGUGUGUGUUUGAGACGUCGGGAUGUUCCCAGUACUGUGUGAACUCGCUGGGUUCAUUUGAGUGUUACUGUAAGGUGGGCUUCAGACUGGACUAUGACCAGAGAUCCUGCUCUCCUCUCUACAGUCUUCUGGAGGAGGACGACGACGUGGUGAGUGAUGAAGAUUCAGAGCGGGAGGUGCUGCGAGUGCCGGACCUGCUUUUCCGUCGCCCUCCUCAGCUGCUUCAUUAUACAGCUGCUUUGGGAAGACCGUACGAUGAUGACACGCACAGCUUCCACACUAAACACAGCCGAGAACAGAGAGAGGAACUGAAUGCUAUCAGCACAACCAUGUGUGAGGAUGGCUCAUUCGGUGAAGACUGUGAUUUGACCUGUGAGGACUGUGCUAAUGGUGGUCAGUGUGCGGUGGAGAAAGAUGGCUGUGUGUGUACAGCUGGCUGGACUGGGAUCAUCUGCAAUGAGACGUGUGCUGAGGGGACAUAUGGUGUGGAGUGCAACAGUCUGUGUGUGUGUAAGAAUGGGGGCCACUGUGACCCGGUGACAGGGAAGUGUGUGUGUCCUCCAGGGGUCCAAGGUCUGCACUGUGAAAAUGGUUGUCCUCAGGGUUUCUAUGGGAAGUUCUGUCGGAGGAGGUGUAACUGUCCCAAUAAUGGACGCUGCCAUCGUCUGUAUGGAGGGUGUCUGUGUGCCCCUGGCCUCUACGGCAAAUUCUGCCAUCUACCCUGUCCGAAGUGGACCCACGGUGCGGGUUGCUCGGAGGAAUGUGGAUGCCUGCAGGAAAACUCUUUCUCUUGCGAUCCCAAAAACGGCACCUGUGCUUGCAAACCUGGUUACCACGGCAACCGCUGCCAGACAGAAUGUGAGGAGGGUUUCUACGGUGUUGGGUGCAGCGAACGUUGUAACUGCUCUGUCAUUGAGUCAUGUGAUCCUAAAACUGGACAGUGUCAGAAGAGAUGCCCUGCUGGAUACCAUGGAGAGAAAUGCCUGCUGGAGUGUCCGGUGGGUUUUUGGGGUGUCGGGUGUGUGUUAUCGUGCCCUGUGUGUGAGAAUGAAGGGAGAUGUAACACACAGACCGGUGUGUGUGAUUGCACGGCUGGAUACAGAGGGACGUCCUGUGAAGACAAGUGUCCCGAGGGCCGGUAUGGAGCAGAGUGUAAGGGUGUGUGUGAAUGCGAAAACAGUGCUGAAUGUGACCACGUCGAUGGAGUCUGUACCUGUUUCCCCGGCUGGGUGGGAACACACUGUGAAAAGAGAUGUCCUGUUGGGUUUUACGGGCAGGACUGCGCACAGAUGUGCCAGUGCGGGAACGAUGCCCAGUGCCACCACAUCACAGGCGCCUGCCGCUGCAACCCCGGCUGGGUACCGCCGCAAUGCAUCCUGGCCUGUCCGGUGGGUACAUUCGGUCAGAAUUGCAGUGAGUCAUGUGACUGCCACAAUGGAGGGUCAUGUGACCCAGUCAGCGGCCAGUGCAGAUGCACAUCUGGGUGGACUGGAACCAGCUGCCAACAGAUCUGCACACCUGGCUGGUACGGUAGAAACUGUGAGCAAAGGUGCAUCUGUCCAGUGGGCGUGGCCUGUGAUCAUGUGACCGGCAGAUGUGGCUGCCCUGCAGGGUACACGGGAAACAGCUGUGAGACGAUGUGUCCUCAGGGCAGAUUUGGCGUGAACUGUUCUCAAGAGUGCGCUUGUUCUGGGGACCAGCAGAGCUGUCACCACGUCACUGGGAAAUGCACCUGUCUACCUGGUUACUAUGGCAACCGAUGUCACCUCAGAUGUCGGGAGGGCACCUAUGGGCCCUACUGUAAAAAAAGAUGCAGAUGUGCCAAUGGAGGUCAGUGUGACUUCAGGACUGGAUCUUGCCUCUGCCAACCAGGAUACUUGGGACCCACCUGCAGCACCAGUUGUCCUGCAGGGCGAUACGGGCAAGACUGUGCUGAGGUGUGUUCAUGUGGUGAAGCAGGACAGUGCCACCCAGUGACUGGGAGGUGUCACUGCGCCCCUGGUAGAACGGGACAGUCCUGCGAAGAAGUGUGUCCAAAGGGACGAUUUGGACCGCAGUGCCGGAGUUUUUGCACAUGUGCCAAUGGAGGCGUGUGUGACCCUGCGGAUGGCACGUGCAGAUGUGGGCUGGGCUGGACUGGCCAACACUGUGAAAAAGCUUGUGUCCCAGGUCACUAUGGUGUGAACUGUGAACAGGUGUGUGUGUGUCAGAAUAAUGGUACAUGCGACCGCAUUACUGGCUGCUGUUCCUGUACACCUGGAUACUACGGUCCUGCCUGCCAGCACAAAUGCCCAGCUGGCUUUUAUGGCGAGCUCUGCGAACGGUCAUGUGACUGCACACAUGGGCACCAAUGUGAUCAUGUGACUGGACAAUGCACGUGUCCUCCAGGUUACCACGGUGAUCGGUGUGAAAAACGUUGCGAUGCCGGACGUUACGGGCGUGACUGUGCAGAACUCUGUGAGUGUGAUGGGGCGCCUUGUGAUCCAACAACUGGACAGUGUCUAUGCCCAUCUGGAAAGACUGGAGAGCACUGUGAGAAAGAGUGUGACAUCAGGUCGUACGGUCCAGGCUGUUCUUUUCAAUGUCAGUGUACACAUGGAGGCCAGUGUGACCAGCACACAGGUCACUGUACCUGUCCUCUUUCCUGGAUGGGACCCACCUGUGAGGAAGGUGCUUUCAUAGUGCAUGUACCUUCACACGUGCAGAAGAGGCGACGACGUGUUUCACACUCCUAGUCCUGCUACAGUGUUUUUAAGCACAUGCACACACACUCCACUAAAAUCCCACUAGAAGGCCAGUGGCUUGAGCGAAUGUGUGCGCGAGUGUGUAUACUGUAGGACUUGUCAUUAUGGGUUUUCCCCCAGACGAGCAAAGCCACAGAAGAAUUAGUACGAGAAAGCAUUGCGAGAAACACUCCUGGAUACACACACAACCACUGACAGGCUGUCAAUGAAUGUGUAUGCGUUUAAUUCUAGUCCAUGCAUGUAUCCGGCUGGAAGCACGUCCAUGGGUAUCAAUGUGUUUAGAAAGCAAAUGUCACACUUUGCAGUAGUUUGACUGCUAAAUAAUAUGUGAAAUGUUUGUGUCGUGUGUGUGUGAAUGUUUGUGAGUAUUCUAUUCCGUACAAAACAAACAUCCCACAUCAGACAUUCAAACCAAACCAUCUGAUCGACCGAACGCCCACCGAGCCACAAAUCCCAACCGAACCUCUCUAUUACAGGAUGAGAGUUAAGCCUCAACCACUUCCAAUUCUAUAGUACAUACCACAAAUACACCACUUAAGUGUCAAUCAAGCAACGUCCAAUCGGAUCGCAGAACACACGAAACACGCUUUCUUUCUAUACAUAGCAUGUGCAGUCUUAAAUUUACCUUGUAAAUGUAUACUAAAUUUACAUUUUCUUUACAGCGUUGCCUAUAAAAUUCUCUUUUAUGGUAUUUUUUGGUCUAAAUUGGAAACAUUGUGCUAUAGAUACACAUAUACAGUGUAUACUUAAAGGGAUACUCAAGCCAAAUAUAAACAUUACCCCAUGAUUUACUCACCCUCAAGCCAUCUGAGAUACAUAUGUCCAUCAGCUUUCAAACGAACAGAUUUGGAGUUAUUUUAGUAAAUGUCCUUGCACUUUCACACUUUAUAAUGAAUACAGGGAUCAGGAAAAAACUUCUGUCUUUAAACCAGAAAAAGUGCAUUCAUCCUUCACAUAAGUAAUCCACACGGCUCCAAUGGGUUAAUAAACGGGGUUCCCACGGGUCCUUGAAAUCCUUGAAAGUUUGUGAAUCUGGGGGAAAAAUUCAAGGCCCUGGGAAGUUUUUGAAAAUAUACAUACAUAGAUACAGGUCAUUGAAAGUGCUUGAAUCUAUUUUAUGCAAGAAGUUUUCUGGAAACAAAAUCCUUAUUAUUUCCUGUGUGGUGUAGGAUAAUAUCAUAAAAAAUUUUAAGCACACCUGCGAAACUGUUUAACUGCUUUAAAAAGCUUAACUGUUUAAAAGCUUAUAUCUUCUGUAUGCGAAUGUUGAUUCAUACUAAAAUGCUUUUUUUGCAUAGUUGUGUUUGACACAUGAAAACGUCUCGUGUUAUGUAUGUAACUGUUGUUCCCUGAGAAGGAAACGAGACAGUGCGUCUCCCUUGCCAUACUUCCUUUGUCCCUGUAACGCCGUUUUUGGCAAUAUUUCAGAUAGCGAUAUACUUCCUGGCUCCCGCGUCACCUUGUCUUUGUCGUUAAGCCUCACCAUUGGUUGAAUUUGAUAUACACAUUCAGACGCACUUACCCCUGGAGGCGUCCCCAAAGUGUCACAGCAGUGACGCAGUGCGAGUUCCCUCGAAAGUGAACUGUAACAAUGUAUCUUAAAAGGUAACACGAUGUAACCUUGCUCCACUUGAAAUGUGUCCCAACAUUUAGACCUUGAAUUUGAGGGUAUUGGACCUGGAAAGUCCUUGAAAGGUCCUUGAAUUUGAAGUUAACUAAAGUGUGGGAACCCUGAAUAAAGGUAAUCGAUGCGAUUUUGUAAUAAAAAUAUUCAUAUUUUCAAACUAGCUUCCGGUAACAACUCCAUAUUGGAGGAAGAGUUUUAGCGUAGUGAUCAUCGGUUGCCAUGGGUACGUUGCGCAGUAACUCUCGUGAGCGCAUGAGUCCAAGAUGGCAUCGUCACCGGUAGCCAGUUAUUAUAGUUAUAUAUUUCUUAAAGCAACACCAGAGGUUUUUUUUACCUUAAAAUAACGUUUCCAAAAAAGUUUGUCAUCCACUCGAAACAGGGUGAAUGGCACUUUCACAUUCGCUUUGCAGCCCUCUAUCGGCCCAAACCGCACUAAAGAAGUUUCCAACCGUUGGGUCGCGGUCCUGUAGUCCGAGUGAAAACUACAAAAACUUGCUUUAUGGCAGACCUUCAAUCCAAUCAGAGCCAGCUUUGCUGUAGUGGGCUAAAUUAUUUACGACAGUGGUAAUGGACAAUUACGCUUCCAACCUGUAGGGGGAGCAAAGAGCAAAAACUCUUUAGUGUUGCUUUAAAAAAAAUGCAUUUAUUACCCGCAGAAGACCUUUAUUAACUCAUUGAAGCCGUGUGGAUUACUUUUUUAGGGUUUAAAGUCAGAAGUUGUUUCCUAAAUACCUGUUUUCUCCCAUUAUAAUGAUUGGAAAAGCAAGGACAUUUAGUAAAAUAACUCCAAAUGUGUUUGUCUGAAAGAUGAUGGUCAUAUGUAUUUUGGAUUGCUUGGGGGGGGUGAGUAAAUCAUGGGGUAAUUUUGAUAUUUGGCCGCAGUAUCCCUUUGUGUUAAGCACACUUUAUUUGGUUUACCCCUGCGGGCGUGAUGUAUUUCCUCUGAUAGUAUAUUCAAGUGACUUUAGCGAUGUGUAAAUAUUCUGUGUUGCCACCCAUCAUCGUGCCAUCUGAGGUAAAUUGUUAAACCGAGCUGUCCAGCGGGAUUUAGACAGAAUCUGAUGCUUGUAAACUGAAUGGCCAGUUCAUCCAAAGAUAGAUUCCCAGUAUGCCAAACAAUCCUAAUCCAUACAAAUGACAGUGCUUAGUUAGAUCCUUUACUGUAUAAAGUGUUUUAUUUAUCCGUUCUGCCUUUGUUCCUCUCAGGAUUUUAUCAGACAAAAGUGGCUGUACAGGAACAAUAUAAGUACUGGUGCUAAAACCUUUCAUUAAACAUGUUUGUACA